CAUAAGCAUGCUCAUUUCUUUUCUCUUUCUCUCUCGCACACGCAAACACUUGUUCCGGUGUCCCUCUCUCUUUCGCUUCAUCUUCAACAUUAGGUCUUCUCUGACUCUGUGGUUGUCACUGUUCAACGUCUUUGAGAGUUUAUGCUGAGUAGUUCGGCUUUACCUCAAAAGUCCUGAUCAAUUGAAUUCAGUUUCCAUUGGUAGGAUUUAUUGCCGGGCCUUGAGGUAAUCAGCUUACCAACAUGGGAACACAACCCCAGCAAACAUUUCGGGAGGAAGAGGAGGAGGAGAUGCAAGGCCAUGGAACUACGAUGUCAGGUCAAUCAAUGUCAACAAGCAGAAGUGUCGGGUCUCCAUCCAGCCGGAGUGAGCAGACAAUGGCAACACCUGCUAGUGAUAGCACUUUUCUUAGGUUAAACCAUCUUGACAUACAUGGUGAUGAUGCUGGAUCACAGGGCACCGUUGCCAAGAAGAAAAAGAGGGGCCAACGGGCUGUUGGAGGUGAUAAGAGUGGAAGAGGUCUCCGUCAAUUCAGUAUGAAAGUGUGUGAGAAGGUAGAAAGCAAGGGAAGAACAACUUACAAUGAGGUAGCUGAUGAACUUGUGGCCGAAUUUGCUGAUCCAAUCAAUGGUGUUUCAACUCCUGAUCAGCAACAAUAUGAUGAGAAAAACAUUCGUCGAAGGGUGUAUGAUGCUUUGAAUGUUCUCAUGGCAAUGGAUAUUAUUUCUAAGGAUAAAAAGGAAAUUCAAUGGAAGGGUCUCCCUCGUACUAGUCUAAGCGAUAUUGAAGAGCUAAAGUCGGAGCGUCUUGGGCUAAGGAAUAGAAUUGAAAAGAAAGCAGCCUAUUUGCAAGAGCUGGAGGAGCAAUACAUAGGUCUUCAGAAACUUAUACAACGAAAUGAGCAACUAUAUAGCUCAGGAAAUGCUCCCAAUGGAGGUGUAUCUUUGCCCUUCAUUCUGGUGCAGACACGGCCCCAUGCAACUGUUGAAGUGGAAAUAUCAGAAGAUAUGCAGCUUGUGCAUUUUGAUUUCAAUAGCACUCCCUUUGAGCUGCAUGAUGAUAACUAUGUUCUCAAGGCAAUGAAAUUUUGUGAGAGAUCUCAGAAUGAUAAUACAACAGAUAAUUCUACAGAUGGCGGUGAAGGUUCUAGCAUAUAUGCACAGGUUCCUACUUCAGUUUCAAACCCUCCAAAUAGGCCUCCUUCAUCUCCACCACUCCCUGGAAUAUUAAAGGCAAGAGUUAAGAACGAGCAUUGAUAUGCAAUUUUGUACUGCAUCGCCUUAUUUAAGCAUGUUUGUAUAUUUUUGUAAAGUAAUUUGUCAGUAAUUAAUUGUCCUUCAUAAUAGUUAAUCAGUACAGCCAAUUCACUCAUUAGGUUAGAAGCGAACCAGUGUGCUUGAGUCUAUAUUCUUCUGGGUUGAUUUUGGCAAAUUCUUUGCUAACCAUAUCCAUUAUUUACUACCUUAAGACCUUAACUGAUUUUUUUCCCCACAUUUUCUGUGUAUUUGCCCUUUUGUACUUAUAAUAGAGAAAUUGGUUUGUACCAGUCCAUAGAGAUCAUGGAAUGUUAUCCAUCAGCGUAGGAUUAAUUUUGGAAUUCUCAGAUAUAUUGUAAAUUAUUCCGUCUUAUCAUCUUAUGUGAAUCUUGAUGUGUGGGCAAAUGCAUCGUAUUAUAUCUUCA